AUGUCCCUCUCUUUACUUCUUCCUACAUUCCUCAUUCUCACAACUUUCUUUCUCUUGACUAAAUGGCUCCAAAGUAGACCUAAAAACCUCCCACCUUCACCACCAAAACUCCCCAUAAUUGGAAACCUUCAUCAACUUGGUUACCUCCCAUAUCGUUCUCUUAAAUCAUUAGCUGAAAAAUAUGGUCCAAUUAUGUUGUUACAUCUUGGCAGCAAGCCAACCCUUAUCAUCUCAUCUCCUGAAUUGGCUGAGAUGAUCCUCAAGACACAUGAUCUCGAUUUUUCAAAUAUGCCUACACUAAAAUUUCAAGGAAGAAUCUCUUACAAUUUCCGGACCACUCUUUUCGCGCCCUAUGGCGAAUACUGGAGGCAACUAAGAAGCAUUUGUGUUCAUCAGCUCCUGAGUAACAAGAGAGUUCAAUCAUUCAGAAGCGUGCGCGAAGAUGAGGUCGCGUUGAUGUUGGAACGGAUAACAGAAUCUUAUUUGUCGCGCUCGCCUGUAAAUCUCCGCGAGGUAUUUUCCGCACUCGCUAACAACAUAAUAUCUAGGAUAGCUAUAGGAAAAAGGUAUUCAGGAGAGCAAAAUGGGAGUAAUUUUAAGAAACUAUUUGAGGAAGUUUUAGAGGUAAUGGGAUGCUUUAAUAUUGGUGAUUAUGUUCCAUGGUUGGGAUGGAUUAAUCACCUUAACGGUUUGGAGGCAAAAGUAAAUAGGGUUGCCAAAGAGCUGGAUGAAUAUUUGGAAACUAUUGUUGAAGAAGGAUUGAAGAGGAAGGAGAAAAUCAUUAAUGGUUCUGAAAGUGAUCAAGAAGGGGACCAGAACCAGAAGAAUCUUUUGGAUGUUUUGCUGGAACUCAAAGAGAAAAAGGAUACUGGACAUGCUCUUCAACCUGAUUCAAUCAAAGCUAUCAUCAUGGACAUGUUUAUUGGCGGGACCGACUCUACCGCGACAUUAUUAGAGUUGGCAAUGUCUGAACUAGUGAGAAACAAAAACUCCUUGACUAAAUUAAAGAAUGAGGUGAGAAGCUUCGCAAAUGGCACCAAAUCAAAUCGUGUGAAGAUUACAGACGAUGAUUUAGAAAGUUUGCCUUUCUUAAAAGCAGUCAUUAGAGAGACUUGUCGGAUGCAUCCUCCCGGUCCAAUAUUAACUCGUCGAGAAUCGAAAAACGAUGUUAAUAUUAUGGGGUAUGAUAUCCCUGCUGCCACCCGAGUGUUCAUCAAUGUUUUCGCCAUCGGAAUGGAUUCAAAUAUAUGGGAAGAUGUCGAUGAAUUUCGACCAGAGAGAUUCUUGAAUAGUUCCAUUGAUCUUAAAGGGCAACAUUUCGAGUUGAUACCGUUUGGUGCUGGAAGAAGAAGUUGUCCUGGAAACGUAUUCGGCUUAGCCACAGUUGGACUUGCUCUUGCGAAUUUGGUUCUCAAGUUCGAUUUCGGAUUGCCUUGUGGAGCUAAGUUAGAGGAUUUGGACAUGAGUGAAGUUCCUAGCAUUGUUACUAGAAGGAAGAUGCCUUUGGUUCUUGAGGCAAGUCUACCUAAUUGUAAUUAGAAUAUUUGAAGUUUGCACUUAAUAAUUUGAAUAAGGUGUCAGUCCACCUCAUUUUCAUAAUUUUCAAUUGUAUUAAUCAAAGAAGCAUUAUUUUUUAACGCAUACCUCAAACUUUAUAUUAGAUUUGCUGGUCCAUUUGGAACUUACAGGCUAACAAACUCAAAUGUAAACCAAAAGAAAAAUGACAAUGAG